CGGAACGUCAAACCAGGGGCCUGCUGUGUCGUCACAUCCGGAACAACCGUUUGCAUUUCGCGCACGAAGCAGUCAGCUGUAAUUCUUUCAGAGAUCUUCACACAUAGCAGGCAGCCAUGGCCAAUCAAUCAAUGGAAAUCAUAGCAAAGGUUUUGGAACAGUCAGCCAAGCUGGUAGAGGAGCAGGUGGAUGCACAGCUGACCAAACUGAAUGAAAUGGAUGAAGACGAUUUGGAGAGACUGAAGGAGAGGCGAUUAGAGGCACUUAAAAAAGCCCAGAAACAGAAGCAGGAGUGGUUGUCUAAAGGCCAUGGAGAGUACAGAGAAGUACCUAGUGAGAAAGACUUUUUCAGUGAGGUCAAGGACAGCAAGAGUGUUGUCUGCCACUUCUACAAAAAUUCCACCUUCAGAUGCAAAAUCCUCGACAAACACUUGGCCAUCUUGGCAAAGAAGCACGUUGAGACCAAAUUCAUCAAACUGAAUGCAGAAAAGGCCCCAUUUCUGACAGAGAGACUGCGGAUCAAGGUCAUUCCUACACUGGCAUUGCUGAUAGACGGAAAGACAAAGGACUAUGUGGUUGGAUUCACUGACCUGGGAAACACAGAUGAAUUUUCCACAGAGAUGCUUGAAUGGAGACUUGGCUGUGCCGAUGUUAUUAACUACAGUGGUAACUUGAUGGAGCCGCCGACAAUGACGCAGCGAUCAGGCACCAAGUUCACAAAAGUGGAGAAGAAAACCAUCAGAGGGCGAGGUUAUGACUCAGAUUCAGAUUCUGAAGAUGACUGAAAAGCACCAACAGUCGCCUGGUUUUCUCUCUCAGGGCUACCUCAUUAAAAAAAGAAGUCAAGUAGACAGCCCGCUUUAAUUUUUCUUAUCCCCUUCUUUCAUUGGCUUACCUAAUCAUUAAAAAUGUCCAUAUUUUAAUUUACAAAUUAUUUUAUGAAAGGAUACAGCAUUUUUGUUUCAGCCUUACUUAAUUAAUUGUCUGCCAUGUUUUGUAUUUGAAUAACUACAUACAUGCACUUCAAGAGAGACAUUACUCAUGUUUCACUGAGUCUCUGCUCCAGUCAUCCAUCAAAUAGCUCUUAGCUUUUUUUCUGUUGCUGUUGAUUUUGUUUCUUUAUUGGCUUUUACCUUAAACCUUUGUCUUUAAUUACAGGUGUGCAUAUUUAGGUAGUUCUGUUCAUUUCAUGUGUUUCCUUGUAGCUGUGUGAGUCUUAUGUUAGAACCAAAACCAUGAUGCAUGUGAGUGCCAAGAUCGUCUUUUAACAUCAAUUACAUUUGCACACAUGACAUUUCCUUGUAGCAGGAGUGUGACUUACCUAAUGCAGACACAAUAAAGUGUAAAAGGAUUGUAAGAAUUCUAUGCUCCUUUGAUUU